AGAUUCAUGUUAAACUACGGAAAUUUGUUUGAGAUGAAAAUUUUGGUGUCGAAAUUGGGAAGGUCGCAGCGGCAGCACCCACAGGGCUGAGCCCGAGCGCGAAGGAAGAAGAAGGCGAUGACAGUAGCAGCAGGGAUCGGCUACACUUUGAUUGCGUUGGGCCCUUCUCUCUCCCUCUUCGUCUCCGUCAUUGCCCACAAGCCCUUCUUGAUUCUCACUCUCCUCUCAAGCACCCUGUUAUGGCUGAUUAGUUUGAUCUUGCUGUCUGCACUAUGGAGGGGCUUUCUUCCACUGAACUCAACAAUAUUGUGGCCUCAUGCAGUUCUUAUAUCGACAUCAGUCGUUUUUCAAGAAGCGCUACGGGUUCUUUUCUGGAAGGUCUACAGGAAAUUAGAAGAUACGUUAGAUGCCUUUGCUGACAGAGUUUCAAAGCCACGUCUAUAUUUGACAGAUAAGAUGCAGAUUGCUCUAGCUGGGGGUUUGGGUCAUGGUGUAGCCCAUGCUGUGUUUUUCUGUCUUAGCCUUUUAACACCAUCGUUUGGUCCCGCGACUUACUUCGUUGAUAGGUGCUCCCAGCUACCAUUUUUUUUUGUUUCUGCUAUCGUUGCCCUUGCAUUUGUUACAAUCCAUACUUUCUCUAUGGUCAUUGCAUUUAAUGGAUAUUCUGAGGGGAAGAAAGUGGAUCAGUAUUUUGUUCCAGUCAUUCAUCUUGCUGCAGGAAUGGUGACGCUAGUAAACUUUGCAUCUGGAGGUUGUGUAAUUGGUAUACCUCUCCUAUAUAUCAUGGCAAUUCUAACAUUGAUUCACUGUGGGAAAAUGGUUUGGAGAAGAUUGAUGGAAAACCGAAAUCGACAGGGUAACCGAUGAUGAACUCAUCUUCUGCAGUAAUAUUGCUAACUCAGCAUCUCGAAGGCGUCUUGAAGAGAACAUCUAUUCCCGCAGGUGCAAUAUCCUUGUUUGCUUCAUCUACUAUUCAUCUGGGUAAUUGCUAGUGAAACACCCAUAUUUUUGUAAGAACACGACAAACAUGACUUUGUGGCCUACGAAAAUGCCAUUACAUUUCUUCUGAACAAGAAUAGAGUAUUAACAUGAUAUCAGAUUUCAUCAAGUUUUGAUUGCAUUUCUU